UCGUAGCCUGCUCAGUCUAAAUAACAAUACUGUGGCAGCGGCGGCUCGUCUCUCAGACUCUUUAGUUGGAACUUACUGGAGUCGUCGCCUUGCGCCGAUGUUAACCUAAUAUUUGUACCUCACUCAUGAAGUGACACUACACGCUACACGAUGGAGUAUCUGUUCCAGGUGAAAAUCGGCGCUCUGAUCGGGUUGUUGCUCCUAACUCUUCUUUUUGGAUUUAUCCCCGCUCGGAUCAAAUGGUUCAGAGAGACAGAUGGGACAGGUAUUCAUCACACGUUUCUCAGUUUGAUCAGCUGCUUCGCUGGUGGGGUUUUCCUGGCAGCAUGUCUGCUCGACAUCAUUCCGGAUUAUCUGUCAGACAUUGGCACAGUGCUGGAUGCUCAGGAGGUGGAGACCCCCUUUCCCCUUCCAGAGUUCAUCAUAGCUGCCGGCUUCUUCACUGUCCUCAUACUGGAGAAGAUUGUCCAGAGCUUCCGGGAGAUGAGAGGGGCUCGUGAAGAGAGGGCGCCCCUUUUACAUGACCAUGGGCACGGCCACGGGCUAGCCACAGCCCGUGAUCUGGAGAGCAGCGGCCACCACGUUCAUGUAGACUUACAGGCUCACUCCUCCUUUCGUUCCUUCAUGCUCUUCCUGUCUCUCUCACUCCAUUCAGUUUUUGAGGGUCUUGCUAUUGGCCUGCAAAGCACUGACUCGAAGGUACUGGAGAUCUGCAUCGCUAUUCUUGUUCAUAAGAGCAUCAUCGUGUUCAGCCUGUCUGUGAAGCUGGUCCAGAGCACAGUUCACCCACUGUGGGUUACCGCUUACAUCGUAGUGUUUGCCUUGAUGUCUCCUUUAGGCAUCGCCAUCGGCAUCGGUGUGAUGGAAGCUCAGCUGACAGCCGGACCUCUGAUCCAGGCCGUGCUGGAGGGGCUCGCUGCAGGCACGUUUGUUUACAUCACUUUCCUGGAGAUUCUCCCGCAUGAGCUGAAUUCCCCCGGGAAUCAGCUCCUUAAGGUGAUGUUCAUCUUGAUCGGCUUCACCAUCAUGGCAGGUUUGACAUUUUUGGGUUGAAACUGACAUUUCGUCACUUUCGGCUGACGUUGCUGUCAGGAUAUCCCUUGCAUGUGUUGUGCAGCUCCCACAGAUUCACUUCACUUUGUUAGACAGAGACAAACUUAAAGGAAGACGUAGCUUUGCUGCCACAGGGUUACACCUAUUCCUGAAGUUGUUCAUUUCAAAGGAGCGUGACAACAUUUGGCAUUUUAUUGCUUUCCUUUACGUUUUAACUUUUACAGUAUUGCAUAUUGAAAUACAGAGGACCAAGACAUUAGGAAUCAAUGCCAACAAAUGCUAUGAAAUACAUCACAUAGUAUUAAAAAUAAUUGUAAGCAAACGUGUUUCUAAAAUGUGACACAUCCUAAUAUUUCUGUUUUAAUUUGCAUCUGUAUUUAACUUUGUGGUAAUUCACCAAUGUUUUUAUUUUAAUGUACUUUUUCAAGAGAGCUUCCAUAUAGUUACAUAUUUGUGUUUUAUUUUCCCUUUGUCCUUUCAAACUUUUUAACCCACCCCCCAACUAAGUAAUAUCUUGCCAUUUAUUUAUUACAUAUUUUUAAAAGUGUUUUAUGCAUUUAUGCUUAAACAUGAAUUUUCAAGGGAGAAUUGGUACUGGGGGUUGUUGUGUAAGAGGGAAAAUAAAACAUAACAAUAAAUAAAUAUAAAUAUUAAAAAAAUUAAUGAUAAGUUUAUAAUGAAACGGAAAUAUCACUGGUAAAAAUUAAAUCAAAAAACAUUAUUAAUACAGAGGUAAAUAAAUACAGAUGCAAAUUAAAUUAAAUCAGUCAGAAGUUUGUCCAAACUUGUGACUGGAUUGUGUUUCUGUCACAUUUUAUAAAUGAUAUACAUUUGUUUAUAUAUAUACUUUAUUUGUAUAUCGGUUUUUGAUUUGGGCAGUUUUGGUCCUCCAUAAAGAUGAACUACUGACUGCUGUGCUGCAUUUGUUGAAUUCAUUGCUGAUGUUGUUUUGAAAUGCAUGCAGAACAAACCGUUGCCUCUGAACAUUCAGGAUAUGCACAUCACCACUGAAACAAAGGGGCAGUCUUAUAAAUAUGACCUCUUUUAAUUCAUUCAAUCACUAUGUAUCGGUGCCUCCAGAGCUUUAAUAUUUAUAAAUCGCAAGGUCAGCGGAGAAGUUUGACAGUUACUUCUUUCCGAAAUGCACUGAUUGUUUCUUUACUUUUGUUUCACGCAUGUUGUUCUUUACAGUUGGCUCAGUUGGGUAGUUGGACUUUGUAAACUGGUUUUUCACUGACCCGGUCUUAUUUACUAAAUGUUGUUUUUCCAGUGAUUUUAUUAAGUUCUUACAUAUUGUUCUUAAUAUUAUCUUGCUUUUAUUUCUUAUUACUGAAAAUAUGAUGCAUCACUACUAUUUUAAAAAGGGUUGCAGGUCUAGUAUAAAGUACCAUAUUUCAGCCUGCUUACACUCCAAGUACUGACUGUGUUUUUAUAUUUAAGCAGUGAAGUAUCUCUUGUGUAAUCUUCUGACUCCACAUACGUGCAAAAAGCAGGAAGUAUAAAUUUGAUUGGCAUGAAAAGGACACUGUCAUCAAAAAAAGUGUUAAUGACAUGACAUGUCACAUGCCUCGCCUUUUUUAUUUUUAUUUUUUAAUGUCAACUUUGGUUAGCUGAAGAAAUAAAAGCCACUCCUUUUCUUUAGCACAACAUCACCCAGUUUGCACUCUAACAUCUAAAAAUCAUUUGAAAACCUUGACUGUCUUUUUAUAAGCAAACUACAUAUAUAUUUUGUGCCUUAUGGUCAUUCUUCUCAUGAGAAACACGACUGUUUUUUGUUAACCAAAGUAAAAAGGAACUUUAAAAAAUGA